AUGGCAGUCAAGAUCAAACCUUCAGGAGAGGGGCCCCCAGGGGGGGCCCUGGGGGGCCCCCCUGAGGGCCCCAAUGAGGAGGCCGAGCUGUUUGCUGCUGCUGCUCACUGGCAGCACCACCUGACUUUGCUGCUGAAUCUGAUUCCCUACGAGGCGCCGCAGCAGCAGCAGCAGCAACAGCAGCAGCAGCAGCAACAGCAGCAAAGUGCAGGGCAGGUCCGGCGGGCCAAACAAACCCUCAGGUACAGCUUGGAAAGUUUGCUGCCUUCAACAGCUCAGGAAGAUGCAGCAGCAGCAAAAGAGGAGAAGCAGCGGCUGCUGCUGCUGCAAAAGGAGCAGCAAAACAGCAAGAAGCGCCAGAAGCAGCAGCAGCAGCAGCAACAGCAGCAAGGGCCUACAACCAGAGAACAGUUGCUGCAGCGGCUGCAUGCAAAAAUUGAGGCCAUGAAGCAGCAAAAAGGCCCAAAGAAGAACAGAGGGGGGACACAGCAGCAGCAGCAGCAGCAGAAGCAGCAGCAAAAGCAGCAGAAGCAAAAGCGGAAACGGCAAGCAGACUUCCCGCAGCAGCAGCAGCAGCAGGAACAGCAGCAGCCGGGUGUCAAAAAGGCCAAGAAGGUUGCUUCAGAGUCAGCAGGAGCAGCAGCAGCAACAAAGCCAGCAGCAGCAGCAAAUGAAGACUUCUCGUUUUCCGUUUUGAAAGAAGCAAAUGAACCAGAGACUUUCAAAGAAGCAAGAAAAGGAGACAAACACAGGCGCAUCCGCAAAGCCCUCAAGGAAAUAGAGGCCCGGAAGCAGCGGCUUGCUGCUGCUGAGCUGGAGGGCAAAGGCGAAGAAGAAGCCCUUAAGGAAGCAGCAAAUGUGGCGCUGCGGAGAAUCACUGGAGAGAAA